AUGCCAAGGGCGGCGUUGGCGAGGAGGGGCGAACGCUUGCUCUUCGCCCUCUGCUCCACGGCCGGAGACACCUUCGCUUAUUACUUCUCCCUCCUCGACGACGCCACCAGCGCUCACCAGCUCCGCCAGCUCCACGCCCGCCUGCUGCGCGCCGGCCUCCUCGCCGACGUCGUACUGGGCUCCAAGCUCGUCCGCCAGUACUCCCGCCACGGCGAGCUCCUCUCCUCCGCCUACCCUUUCUUCCUCGGCAUGCCUCUCCGCAACCACUACUCCUUCAGCAUUGUCAUCGGCGAGAUGUCCCGCGCCGGCCACCCCCGCCGCGCGGCGGAGCUCUUCGUCGAGAUGCGCGCUAGCGGACUUCCACUCGACGCGCCCACCGCCGCCCUCGCCCUUAGAUCCUACGGCGCCGCCGGUUGCGCCGCCGCCGGGGCGGCGGCCCACGCCCUCUGCACCAAGCACGGCCUGGAGAGGAACCCCUACGUCGCCUCCGCGGGGGUCUUCCUCUACGCGGCCCUGGGGAGGCUCCCGGACGCUCGAGCCCUGUUCGACGAAACGCCACACAGAGACGCAGUGCUCUGGACGGCGAUGCUGUCGGGGUAUGCGCAGCGGGGUCCGCCGGAGGCGGCGGUGGAGGUCUUUUCGGAGAUGGUGGCUGUGGGGAUGGAGCUCGACGGGGUGGCAAUUGUGGGUCUUCUCCUGGCCAGCAGCCGCCUCGGGUGGCUCCUCCACGGAAAAAGCGCGCACGGCUUUGCCGUCCGGCGCGGCGUCCCUGCGGGGCUGAGCCUGGGGAACGCGCUCGUUGACAUGUACGCCAAGUGUGGCGAGCUCCGUCGCGCCGAGGAGGUCUUCCGCCGGAUGCCCCGCCGGGAUGUGAUCUCCUGGAGCUCCCUGAUCCUCGGGCACGGCCUCCACGGCGGCGCCGACCGCGCGCUGGAGCUGUUCUCGUUGAUGGCCGCCGACGGGUGCCGCCCCAACGCCGUCACCUUCCUCGGUGUGCUCUCCGCCUGCGCCCACGCGGGGAGGGUGGAGGCAGCGUGGGGCUUCUGGAGGGAGAUGGCGGAGCGGGGGGUGGCGCUGGAGCUGAAGCACUACGCCUGCAUGGUGGACGUGCUGGCGAGGGCGGGGCGGCUCGGCGCGGCGGAGCGGUUCGCGGCGGAGAUGCCAGUGGAGCCCGACGAGGCCGUCUGGGGGGCCCUGCUGGCCGCGUGCCGCACCCAUGGUGAGGUCGAGGCGGCGGAGAGGGUCGCCCGGCGGCUGCUCCGGCUGCGGCCAGAGAAGAGCGGCUACUACGUCCUGCUGGCCAAUGUCUUCUCCGACGCCGGCAGGUACGGCGACGCAGAGAAGGUGAGGGCGCUCAUGAAGGAAUUGAACGUGGGGAAGUUGCCCGGCCAUAGCUCCGUCGAUCUCAGCUGA